GAGUAUCUCAGGAGUGCAGUCACUGAUGGAGUGCUAGGAGUCAGCUAGCACCAGGACCCCAACAGACGCACUCCAGUUCUGUUUCCUUGAGGGAGGAGCGAUCACCCCGCCCCCGGCCAGCCUCCGAAGCCAGCCGAGCUCAGUCCCACCCGCCUGCCCAGCCCAGCUUCCCUUGGCUUCCGCCAGCCCAGCCCGGUUCUCUGCCCCAAGGACGCUACAGCCCGGCCGGGUGCGAGCAGAAGGCGGCGCACAGAUACAGAAAGUGAGGCUCAGACACAUUGAAGAAUGUGUGACAUAGGGUAGCCAAAUGACAGUGUGAGAAAGUGACAUUUACUCAAGGCCACCCAGAUAUCCUGGAGGACCCAGAACCCUGGAGAUUCCCAUCAGAAAGACCUUCUGGCCACCUGAAACCCCAAGAUGGCCUCCAGCUCAGCCCCUGAUGAAAACGAGUUUCAAUUUGGUUGCCCCCCUGCUCCCUGCCAGGACCCAUCGGAGCCCAGAGUUCUCUGCUGCACAGCCUGUCUCUCUGAGAACCCAAGAGAUGAUGAGGAUCGGAUCUGUCCUAAAUGCAGAGCAGACAACCUCCAACCUGUGAGCCCAGGAAGCCCUCUGACUCAGGAGAAGGUUCACCCUGAUGUAGCUGAGGCUGAAAUCAUGUGUCCCUUUGCAGGUGUUGGCUGUUCCUUCAAGGGGAACCCACAAUCCAUGCAGGAGCAUGAGGCUACCUCCCAGUCCUCCCACCUAUAUCUGCUGCUGGCGGUCUUAAAGGAGUGGAAAUCCUCACCAGGCUCCAACCUAGGGUCUGCACCCAUGGCACUGGAGCGGAACCUGUCAGAGCUGCAGCUUCAGGCAGCUGUGGAAGCGACAGGGGACCUGGAGGUAGACUGCUACCGGGCACCUUGCUGUGAGAGCCAGGAAGAACUGGCCCUGCAGCACUUGGUGAAAGAGAAGCUGCUGGCUCAGCUGGAGGAGAAGCUGCGUGUGUUUGCAAACAUCGUUGCUGUCCUCAACAAGGAAGUGGAGGCUUCCCACCUGGCACUGGCCGCCUCCAUCCACCAGAGCCAGUUGGACCGAGAGCACAUCCUGAGCUUGGAGCAGAGGGUGGUGGAAUUACAGCAAACCCUGGCACAAAAAGACCAGGUCCUGGGCAAGCUUGAGCACAGUCUGCGACUCAUGGAGGAGGCAUCCUUUGAUGGUACCUUCCUGUGGAAGAUCACCAAUGUCACCAAGCGGUGCCACGAGUCAGUGUGUGGCCGGACAGUCAGCCUCUUCUCUCCAGCUUUCUACACUGCCAAGUAUGGUUACAAGUUGUGCCUGCGCUUGUACCUGAACGGGGAUGGCUCAGGCAAGAAGACCCACCUGUCCCUCUUCAUCGUGAUCAUGAGAGGAGAAUAUGAUGCUCUCCUGCCCUGGCCUUUCCGGAACAAGGUCACCUUUAUGCUACUUGACCAGAACAACCGAGAGCAUGCUAUUGAUGCCUUCCGGCCAGAUCUGAGCUCAGCCUCCUUCCAGCGGCCACAGAGUGAGACCAACGUGGCCAGCGGCUGCCCACUCUUCUUCCCCCUCAGCAAGCUGCAGUCACCCAAGCACGCCUACGUCAAAGAUGACACAAUGUUCCUCAAAUGCAUUGUGGACACUAGUGCUUAGGGAUGGGGGGGGUGACUCCUGACAGGAACCAGCUUAGACUGGAGGACUUAGCUAGACAGCCAGGCCCUGCCUGCCCUUGGAGCCCACAGCCCAUGACAAGAAGGAGCCAAGGCUGGCAUGACUGCAGUGCCACAGCAUGCUGGUUGUGGCUGAUGUGAGGCUGUAGGAACGUGUGCGUACAGAGACAGUGGAGGAGAAGACAGAAGUGCUCUCUUCACACAGACUACAGGACACCAGGAGGCCAGCAUGCCAGCAGGUUCUAAAUGUUGAGACCAGCCUAGAUCAGGAUGAAAAGAGCCGGGCCUGAGGCUUGGACAUUGAGCCAAGGCUAUGGGGCCUAAGUGGAGGGGCACUCCUACCAGGACAUUCUCUGGAGGUCAGGGUAUAACUGGAAAAAACGCCCCCAUCUCUCUGUUCAGACUCAAAACUAGAACCACAGGGCAGAAGGGUCAGACAUUAAUGUGAAUUUAACCUGUCCUGGACUGAGUUCCUAUGUUAACAGACAUGCAAACAGGUAAACCCAGAAAUGCUUUCUGGCUGCAUCUGGAGAUCUUUGAUGUUUUUACAGACAAAAUAAACAACAAAAGCCUUGAAUU